GGGUGGGGCGCCUCGAGGGAGGGGUCCCAGCGCCGCAGUCUUCGCGUCGCCCGCGACAGCAGCAGCAGGUGGAGCCCCACUCAGUCGCGAGCAGCACUUGGCCGGAAACCCGAGUCGCGGCCGUCCGGCCGGGAGCUGGCCCGCUAGGCUGGAGCCCACGCCGCCCCGGUCCGACCCAGUUUCCCAGGCACCGGGUUACGGAAGCCGGCGGCCGGGGGACAGCGGUUGGGGCCGGGGCCGGAUGCAUCUCCGUGCGCACAGCUGCGUUGGAAGACCCCAGCCCAGGGUGCAGGACUAACGGGACCUGGCUCGCCUGGACCGCCACCUAAAGACUUGUGUUCGGGGACAGAUCGGCUGUGGGAUUGAGGACCUCGGAGCCCCCGCAUCUGGCCGGACGCUCCCAGAGUCUGGGUGGCGCGCUCGCUUCACGGCUCGAGAACGGACAGAGGCUCUUUCCAGGGGACCGGACCUCCUCGCUUGGUCCUCUAUGGAGUCCUCGCACCCGAUGCCUGUUGGUCUCAAGCACCUCCCUAGUUGACACAGGUCUGCAGGUGUUCUCUACUGGUUAGAUUUCUUCUUUGACUAGGGGAACAGUUGCCGCCAGCGACAUUCUGUGCCCGUGGCCACUCCACGUCCUGGGUCUCCUGUCCUGCCCGUAUCUUGCCGGCUUCACUGAACCUCAACUCUGCCUUUGCUUGUUGUGCGUGCUCCUAGCCUUUGGCUUUACCAGGAGUGUGCAGACGUUUUCCUGGCCCCCAUUUGGGAGGGCACUGGUCUCCAGGGAACGGCUUUGUGUGUGGUGGGAUAGGGGUCCUCAACCAUGGCCUUCACUUUCGCUGCUUUCUGCUACAUGCUGUCCCUGGUGCUCUGCGCUGCGCUCAUCUUCUUCGCUAUCUGGCACAUAAUCGCCUUUGACGAGUUAAGGACGGAUUUUAAGAGUCCCAUAGACCAGUGCAACCCUGUCCAUGCGAGGGAGCGACUGAGGAACAUCGAACGCAUCUGCUUUCUCCUGAGAAAGUUGGUGCUGCCGGAGUAUUCCAUCCACAGCCUCUUCUGCAUCAUGUUCCUGUGUGCUCAGGAGUGGCUCACCCUGGGGCUGAACGUUCCCCUGCUUUUCUAUCACUUCUGGAGGUAUUUCCACUGUCCAGCAGACAGCUCAGAACUAGCCUAUGACCCACCGGUCGUCAUGAACGCAGACACCUUGAGCUACUGCCAGAAGGAGGCCUGGUGUAAGCUAGCCUUCUACCUCCUGUCCUUCUUCUACUACCUGUACUGCAUGAUCUACACCUUAGUAAGCUCCUAACUCAGACCCUGCUGAUGGAGAGGCCGAGGCUGGGAACCACUGUGGCUGUGGCUAGAGAAGGACCAGAUGGGGAUGAUGGAGACACCCAGCUCGGCAGAGACUGAUUGGAAGGAACUGGAGUCACACGGCGGACAGGGCCUUGCUACCCAUGUGUGUCAGUCGUUGCUGUGUGUGUUGCUGCCUUUGCUGUUCACAUUCCACAUGGAUGGCAGUGCCCCUCUGAGCGUUGGGGGUGCCAGCUGGUAGCUGACGAAACCCGCAACCUCUGGAGCUGCAGUUGCUGCUUCUCUUCAUCCACUUCACUGAGCGUUAGUGCCCUAAGUUCACACGGGCUGCCUGUCUGGAUGGCAGGAAUGAGGCUGGAAGCUAGACGCCACCAACGAAGGGACAGAGUGACCCGGGGUCAAGGCCAGGUCUUCAGAAACGAUUGAGACCUUCAUGGAUACUAAGGACACCAAGACUCUUUUGUUCCAGAGCUAUGGCCUCCAGCUUUGCUCAUUGCAAGGCCCAAAUCUGGGGUCUGCCCCAAGCCUGCUGCCAUGUCAUUUUAGGCUCUGUGUAUGUCCAGGAGCCUAAGCAGUGACCUCCUGAGCUGGGUGUGGGGCAGCAUGCUGGCAGCAAGUUAUGUCCAGUGCAAACUGGGGAGGGGAGUGUGAGAAAAAUGGAUUUUUAAAAUGGUUGCAACAUGUCCCAGGUGUGAAUUCUUCACCAGCCCCAAGAUGUAUUCUGCCUCUGCACCAAAAUUCCAUCAGAGUCAUGACAUGCCAAUCAGCUGGCUGGCAUGAGCCAAAGCCAAAAACAAACAAAACAAAAUAAAAAAAAAAAAACAAGAAAAAAACCUCAAAACAGUGUGAAGCCCAGAAACAGAGAGCUGCUCUGUAUGUGGUAUGGACAGCCAGCAAACGAGACAGCAGAAUUAUCACUUCAAUUGAUGCUGCACAGCCUCGUGCUGCUCAGUUCAACGUGGGGACAUCCGCUUAUUUGAAUUUUCCACUUGGCUUUUGCUCCUUUUCGGGUGGGAGUUGUAUGAGGGGGUGUAAAUAGUGACGAGGCUGAGAUUUUUGUGAUGUUUAAAUUAGGCACAAUGAUUUUGACCUGAUUUCCCAAACUUCCUUGCUUUUCUACCGUUACUCACAAAGUCAUGCACAGACACACACAGACACACACACACACACACACACACACACACACACACGCUAUUUACAUAUGCUCCCAUCUGAAUCCUGUGACUCAGGUUUUUGAAUGGUGUUUGUGUAACACAGUGUGUGCUAUGUUUAAAAUGCAGCAACAACGUCAGUGGCUCACCUC